CCAAUCCGCCAUUCCAUGGUUACCUGCCUCCGCAACCACUUCUUCAUUGCCUCACUUCUCUGAACCUUUCCUAAACGGCUCCAACUUCGUGUAGAAUGUCUAGUGCAUCACUCCGUGUUCUCAACCUGGAGGAUUCGCUCUGACUCUUUUCCAUUCCCCGUCACCACCGUAUAUCUCUCAGCUUCCACCCCCAAAUUCGCCGCUAAACGUUAAAGAAGUAGCGAUUCACUUGUCCCACGAGUCGACGUGAUGAUCGCCAGCCGUGGGGCUAGGAAGAUAAAGCCUCCGCGAAAGAACAUCCAAGGCGACGAUGUCGACCUCGAGCCGACAUGGGUCACAUUGUCGGACUCUUUCCGCGAAAUCCAUACUCAGAAUGCCUCUCAGUUGUCAUAUGAGCAGCUCUACCGCCAUGCCUACGUCUUGGUCCUCAAGCGCAAAGGAGACCAGCUCUACAAGCGGGUCAUCGAUUUCGAACACGACUGGCUGAGCGAAGAUAUCCGUCCGAGACUGCACACCCUCGCAUCGUCGGCGCUUCUCAGUUUUGAGGAGUAUGACACGAAGACGGUCAAUGAGCGGAGAGUCAGCGGAGAGUUGUUGCUGAAGGGAGCAACCAAGGCAUGGGAUAACCAUCAGACGUGCAUCAACAUGUUGGCGGAUGUUCUGAUGUAUUUGGAUCGUGUCUACUGCCGUGAGCAACGCCGAACCCCCAUUUUUGAGGCCUGCAUGGAGCUCUUCCGUGACACCGUUCUCAAGUGGCUCGUCACCAAAGGCGAAGACGGAAUGGACCUACUGGAUGUAUUAUCGACGAUCAUUCUCGACCAAGUGCGCAUGGAGCGCGAUGGGGACACCAUCAACAAGCACUUCAUCCGGUCUUGUGUUCACAUGAUGGAAAGCUUGAACGAGUCGAACACCGACGGACAGGAGACACGCCUCUACGUUACCCGCUUUCAGCCCAGGUUUCUCAAAGCCAGCACAGAGUUCUAUCGAGAGGAAUCCGAGAGGCUGAUUCGCGAAAAUGAUGCCGGGACCUACUGCCGCUGGGCGAGUCGCCGCAUUCGGGAAGAGGAGGAUCGGUGUCGAUCAACCCUGUCGGAGUCCACAACCGAUAAGAUCAGGAGAGUGGUCGAAGAUGAGCUGAUCCGAAACAAGAUAGCAGAGGUCAUUGCGAUGCCGAAUGGCGUGAAGUUCAUGAGUGACAACAACCGCAUCGAAGAACUGAGCCUAGUCUAUAAUCUUAAUGCACGAGUCGAUUCCAAAAAGACGGAAUUGAUUACGGCAAUCCAGAAACGGGUCGCACAAAUGGGUGAUGAGAUCAACAGGGCUGCUCUUGCAGCCUCCCAUACACCUCCCGCGCCAGCUCCUGGAUAUUCGGAUGGAUCGACGAAGUCUGGCGAACGGGUUGUCAAUCAACAUACCGCGGCUGCAAUGAAAUGGGUAGAGGAUGUGCUGCAGCUUAAGGACAAAUUCGACACGAUCUGGCGCCUCUCGUUCGCUUCGGACCAGGCUCUACAAGCGGCAUUGAGCAAGGUGUUCAGUGAGUUCAUCAAUGCCGCCACUUUCCCGCGUGGCACGGAAUACAUUUCUCUCUUCAUCGACGACAACAUGAAGAAGGGAAUCAAAGGCAAGACAGAGCACGAAGUGGACCUGGUGCUGGAUAAGGCGAUCACUCUCCUUCGCUACGUUCAAGAUAAAGACAUGUUCGAGAAGUACUACAAGAAGCAUCUCAGCCGUCGACUCCUCAUGAACAAGUCCGUCAGCAACGACGUGGAGAAGCAAAUGAUCUCCCGGAUGAAGAUCGAGCUCGGCAACAAUUUCACCUCGAAGCUGGAGUCGAUGUUUAAGGACAUGACCGUUUCGGAAGAGCUGAGCAAUGGCUACAGGGCAUACGUUGACAAGCUUGGAGACUAUGACCCUGCGCGAGUCGACCUCUCGAUGCAUGUCCUCACGGCCACCGUUUGGCCACUGGAUCACAUGAGCGGCGCACUUGAUCGCGACCCGAAUAAGCAGGACAAGGCGCAAGGGCCGAUCUUCCCUCCCGAGAUUGAGCGGGUGAAGAAGGGGUUCGAAAAGUUCUACUUGAACCGACAUUCCGGUCGGGUCCUCUCCUGGCUCGGUGGCAUGGGCACCGCCGACAUUCGCGCCGUCUUCCCUAAGGUUCCCACGAAGGAUGGUCUGCGGGAACGCAAACACGAACUCAAUGUCUCCACCUAUGCGAUGAUCAUCCUCCUCCUAUUCAACGACCUCAGCGAGAACGAGGCGCUCACCUACGAGGAGAUCGAGGCGCGGACGAACAUUCCGCCCCACGAACUCACGCGAAACCUGCAGUCCCUGUCCUUGGCGACGAAGACGCGGAUCCUCCUGAAGGAGCCGAUGACCCGAGACAUCAAGCCGACCGAUCGCUUCAAGUUCAAUGAGGGCUUUUCCGGCAAAUUCAUCCGCAUCAAAGUCGGCGUCGUAUCGGCGGGGAAUAGAGUCGAAAAUGACAAGGAGCGCCAGGACACGGAUGACUCGGUGCGGCAGAUGCGGGCUCACUACAUCGAGGCGACGAUCGUUCGCAUUAUGAAGCAACGCAAGACCUGCGCUCAUCUCCAACUGAUCAGCGAGACUAUCUCGCAGCUCGCCUCCCACUUCAAGCCCGAGGUGACCAUGAUCAAGAAGCGCAUAGAGUCGCUCCUCGACAAGGAGUAUCUCGCCCGCAUGCCGGAGGAUGAUUCGAUGUACAAAUACAUCACCUGAUCCCCGGCCCAUCCUCAUGUGCCCACUACCCAUCCUUUCCUUCUUCUUAACGCUUGACGUUCGCCGACAACGCGUAUUGCAUCAUCCACGGCGUUUCUUUGGUUUUAUUUCCCGAGUAGCAACACUUCCAGAAAGGGUCCCUCGCGAGGUCACCAUCUUUCGGGCGCGUUCGGAUUCGGCAUAUGGCGGUGGUGUACGGUGG